GGAUGGUGUCAGAAGGGGCAGAGACGAGAAAAGAAGCAACUGGUGCAGAUGUGUUGAAACCAGGGAGUAAAGUGAGUGCCCUGGAGGAAACCUCAACAGCUAUUACUCCCCCAGCAUCCCCAGCUUCUGGGACUGCGUGGGGUGGUCGGUCUGCACCUACCAUAGUCAAGGAUGUGAACCCAGAAGUGCUCAGGAGCGGAGUUGCCUUCCUGCCUGGUACCAGAGAUAAAUCGGGACGUGCGGUGGCCAUAAUAACAACAAGGAACACAGCUUGGUUAAACCCCCACUGCAACACCACUGAGCUUGUACGCCUUCUUCUGUACUUGCAUAGCAUCCCAAGACCGGAAUGUCAGGCUUUGGGUCUAACUGUUCUUGUGGAUGCUCGUCGCUGUUCACCGGUUCCCGCUCUCUUCAGGGCGUUCAGCAUAUUGCAGGACAUGGAUCCUCAUUGUAUUCAUGGAGUACUGCUGCUGGUUGAAAGAGAUCUGACUUUUCGGAUGGAGAAGCCACCAGCAGGACAGUUUGAAGUUCUCACCUCCAUGAAAUCCCUCCAUAAGCACAUAGACAGCUCACAGCUGCCUCUAGAACUGGAUGGGACCUUCCCUUAUUGCCACCGGGACUGGUUAAGCUUCCGCAUGAAGCUGGAACAUUUGCUACAAGGAUGCCAAGGUGCUUGUGCCUUCCUCCAGGGAGCCAUUCAUAAAGUGGAAUCUGGAAAAUUACCAGGAGGAGCUGAGGAGGCAGCUGUGCUGCUGAGGAAUUACAGGCAGUUGAUGAAGAAUGUUCUUGAAGACGCACGCUUGGUCAGGCUGCAGCUGGAGGGUGGAGCGCUCCUGGCCAGACUGAGGAAGGAGGAGUCUUGUGUCACCCUCACCCAUGACUACAGAGAUGCACUUGAUGCUGCCAGCGUGCUUUAUAAUCGAGUGGAUGAGGGCGUUCACCGACUGGUGAUGCUGUCGAACAAACGUAUCCAGGAACUGGAGCUGGUGAUGGAGUUUGAGAAAGUGGAAGAGUGUUUUAAGGAGGUCAGCAGUUGGAUCGAGAACGUUGGCAGAAAACGGCUAAAGGAAACCAUCAACCUGGAUGAUUCUUUGGAGGUGUUGCUUCAAACACAAAAGCAGUUCAGGGAGUUUGAUCUUAUUGCCAGUGAAUAUUGCAGAAGGGGGCAGGAAGCACUAAAGAAGAUGGAUCGAUGGGAAGACUUUUCCUCUGUGGAUGUACAUUGUUACAGGGUGAAGCUGCAGACCUACAGAGAUCAACUGGAAGAGUUCUGCACUCAACUGGAUGAAAACAGACAUCGAAUCUGUGAGACGGUCAGGCUGUAUGAAUUCUUUGACAAGGCGUACGAGUGGGCCUUGGAAGGGAUGCGACACCUUGCCUGCAUCAGCAUGGAGGACUGCAGCUCCGCCGAGCACUGUGCAGGUGUGAUCAAGUGCCUGGAGAGUUACAAGGGGCAGCACCCGGACAUCAGCGAUGCCCGGUUCCAGGAGAUGAAGGAGCUGGCCUGUGAGCUGAAAAGCGACAAGGGACUCAAGCAGUGGAAAUUUGCAUGGUCCAAAUGCCAGGAGACCAAGCUGGUUUUUGAAAAGAAACUCGAAGCAGCCUUGAGAACAAGGAGGUCUCUGCUGUCAGACCGCAAACCGCCUGCAGGGGAGCAGCCCCAGGCUGGCGGUCUCAGGUCCAACCGCGCUUCGGGGUGGACUAAGGAGAAAGCUUCCUCUCCCUCCCCGAGCUGCCCUAGUGAUGUCAGUGCUGGGGAAGAAUUUGCCUGCCAAGCUGCUCUCAGCCCUGGUCCUCACUCGAGCAGAGUUUCCUUUGCCAGCGGGGCCUCCAAGUCUCCAAAGCUGCCUGAAGAAAAACCAAACCUGGAGAACAUAUUAGAAACCCUGGAGGUGAAGCCAUCCUGUACCUCCACUCCAGCCUCUGGGAAGCUGCCUCCUAGGAGGAUGCUCCGGAAGGCCCAAAGCUUUGACCUCCCUUGCGGUGAGAGCCUGUGGUCAGGCUGCCAGAGGACACUGAGCGAGCCGGCCAGAUACGGCAACACCGGCGUCUUUAUUAAAGGGCUGGAGGUGAGCAGUACUGAGCUGGUGGACAGGACUUUUGCGCUGCGGCAGCAAGCCGCUCACAGCUGGGCUGCGGACUGCCUGCUGGAAGGACAGAGGGGCUGCCUCUCCGUAUCGGAAGCCAAGAGCUGGGGCAGCAAGCUGCGGCACAUCAUUGAUGAGAUGGUAACCACGGAGCGGGAAUACGUGAGGUCGCUUUGCUACAUCAUUGAUAGCUACUUCCCCGAGAUGGAGCGCCUCGACCUCCCCCAGGACCUGCGUGGGAAGCGCAGCGUCAUUUUUGGGAACCUGGAGAAACUCUACGACUUCCACAGCCAGUACUUCCUGCGGGAGCUCGAGAGCUGCUGCAACCCCCCGCUGCGAGUCAGCCACUGCUUCCUCCGACACAAAGACCAGUUUGGGAUGUAUGCAUUGUAUAGCAAGAACAAGCCAAAGUCGGACUCGUUGCUGGCCAGCCAUGGGAAUACCUUCUUCAAGUUUAAGCAGGUGCAGCUCGGGGAUAAGAUGGACCUGGCCUCCUACCUGCUGAAACCCAUCCAGCGGAUGAGCAAAUAUGCCCUGCUCCUGAAGGACCUGAUCAAGGAGUGCAACGAGGCACAAGAGCAGGAGCUGGGCUACCUCCGUGCAGCUGAGGAGAUGGUGAAGUUUCAGCUCCGGCACGGAAAUGACCUGCUGGCCAUGGAUGCCAUCCGCGACUGUGACGUGAACCUGAAGGAGCAGGGGCAGCUGGUGCGGCAGGACGAGUUCACCAUCUGGCUGGGCCGUAGGAAGUGCCAGCGACACGUCUUCCUCUUUGAGGACCUGAUCCUGUUCAGCAAGCCCAAGAGGAUCGAGGGCGGCUUUGAUGUGUACAUCUACAAGCGCUCCUUCAAGACUGCAGACAUCGGUCUGACGGAGAACUCUGGAGACAGUGGCCUGCGCUUUGAGAUCUGGUUCCGAAGGCGGAAGUCCAGCGACACCUACAUCCUCCAGGCCAGCUCAGCCGAGACUAAGCAGGCCUGGACCAGUGACAUUGCCAAGAUCCUGUGGCAGCAGGCAGCCCGCAAUAAAGAAAUCCGUAUGCAGGAGAUGGUCUCCAUGGGUGUGGGCAACAAGCCGUUCCUGGAUAUCAAACCCAGCGAGGCAGCUAUCAAUGACCGUGCCAUCGAUUACAUCAUGAAAGGCAGAGGUGCCAGGACCAGAGCAUCAAUCGCGGUGUCUCUGUUUGACCAUUCCAACCCCUACAAGAGGACGCAGAUGCAGCUCUCCACUGGCAGCACCCCUGUUGCAUAUGGCCCUUCCUCCUCCUCCUCCUCCUCCUCCCUGCUGGGCCCCCUCAACCUCCACAUGUACCUGGACCAGGCUCUGCUGCCAGGUGUCCUGGCUCCCCGCCGCCCCUUUGACAUUGGCACCUGCAUCGAGGAAGAUGAGCUGGAGCACGAGACGAGCAGCCAGCCGUCACUGACAACAGAGAGCUCGGAGUCAUCGCACUGCAUGUCAGGCAGCGGCUCCAGCGGCUCCGACAGUGGCUGCGUCUCCAGCAUCCCACAAGAAAGCUUCUGUGAAGACGUGGGCUCUCCCCACUACAUGCCCCUAGGCUCACAACACAGCUCUGCGAUGGAGGAGAAACCCAGGUUCGCAAACAGCCAGUACAUUUCUGCAAAAGCAGGCCAGGUCACCAUAAGUCCCUCAACAAUAGUGUGA